GCCUGAUCUGUAUGCUCCUGGGCAUCUCCUUCACGGUGUGGUUCACCCUUCUUCUGGUGUUCAUCAUCGUACCUGCAAUCUUCGGUGUGUCCUUUGGGAUCCGCAGACUGUAUAUGAAGUCCCUCAUCAAGCUUUUUGAGAAAUGGAGAAACAGUGGCCUGUUCUUGAUGCUUGAGGAUUCUCAUUUUGGAACUGACAACAAAGUAUCAAAGAUUUCACUUACUUUGGAUAGCGUGACCCAAAUCACUAGGUCUAUUGCAUGCUUUAAUGCUUAAAAGGUUUGCCACCAAUGCUCUGUAAUUGAAAUGCCUCAAGAAUAUAUUUUUUAAAUCACAAUGUUUUUCUAAAUUAAAAUAAAAUCCUUAACCGCCUAAAUGUUUUUAAUUUUUGUAAUCAUUUUUUUGCAUAAUGCAUGCCAGUAAGAGCUCUGUGUGUGACCUAAAAUAGAUUCUGAUGGCCUCCUAUGGUGCCACUCUCCUCUCAUCCAUCUGGACUGAUGUAGUCACUCGGUCCGACCCUCUCCGGACUCCCUAAGAAACUCCAGAUGGCUUUUUUCCAGUGACUAACUUCUCCGUACUCUUCUGUCUGGUGACCCUGAACAGGAUAGUGAGAUUUAGUCUGACAAGCAGCUUGACUGUUCACUCUUUCCCUAUCCUGACCUUCGCUUCCGCAUCUCCCUGAGUCACAGCAUCAUCAGCGCCUGCGAGAGUCACUGUUUACUUUCACACAGUGCAUGGACAUCUUUCCACACUCGGUGCUCAGCUGCUGUCCUUGCUUGGCUAAUCCACAUUAAUGAUCCCUAAGGGAAAAUUCAGAUGCAGUAACAGCAACAUCAGAUGUUGUGUGUACACGUGUACAUACAUGUGCAUGUAUAGAUAAACAAGGCUAAACAUAGAAAACAUUUACAGGGUUUCUGUGGGUCUUUAACAAGUCUUAAAAAUAAAUCUCACUCAGUAUUUAGUUAAAAUGCACUUUUUUGGAGCAAUUGACUCAAAAGAAUAAAAUGUUCAAAACACAUUCAUUAAAAAAGCAUAAAAUCUGGAUAUUAUUAGGAUUUUGAUUACACAAGUUUAUCUGGCAUUUAAUACAACAUUAACCCUUGUUGCUUUGUUGUGGGCCGUUAACGAAGCAUUAUAUUUAACACAUUAAUUACAAAGACUAUUUUUUACUUUUUCUUUAAACACAUUAUUUUCCUAUCAGCAAAAUACAGUAUCGAUCAACAUAUAAAUUGUAUGUAUUGAAGUAUUAGCGGUAAUAAAAUCUGGUAUUCAUGGUUUGUUUUGGGGCUCUAUAAAUUUGUUCAUGGGCAACUCUAUCACUUUAAUCUUAAGAAAGGUUGUACAUCUUAAUUUAGUUUUUGAAACCUAUGCAGAAACGCUGUUUUCAGUUUAGUAUGAUGCAGCAUGUUUAAGACAGACAGGUUCUUUUAGCAUAUUCGUUUCAAUCUACACUGAUUCGUUUGGGUCAAGUGCUCCUAGAAACUGCGUUUUAAGUAAAUAUUUGGUUAAAUGUUGUUUAUUGCUUGUUUAAAAUGGGUUUUAAAGGUUUCAUUGUUAGUAAUUGACAGAUGUUUUGUGAAUCAUUGAAAAGAACUGGUUCAAAUUAGGUCUGUGGAACUGUCAGUGGCUGAGCUCCAGGAUCCAGUGAAGACGCAUGGGUCAGCCGUUGUGUUCUCCUCCCUAGUGGUGUUUUGGGCGGCUGCCUGUGAAUCUGUGGGAUUGACUCACCAAAGGCUGUUUACGGCUUGAAUGUUGUUUGUUUCCCCGUCCUCAUGACAGCUGUAUGAGCUCUCGUGGGGUCUGGAGUCCAGCCUGCCUUGGGGAUAUAUAACAUUGUGUUUACAAGAGGAUGAUUAAGUGAUUCAAUUAAGAUGUCAUGACUCAUGUAAUGUAAUUCCAUAAGGAACCGAGCAUCCAUCACCAGAACAUGAUGAAACGAUUCAGUAAGUAUUUGCUCCUUUAAAUUGUGGAAAUACCACAGUUAGAAAGAUAUUAUUACUGUUUUGAGGCUUUUUAAUGCGAUACGACUGUGCACAUGCCAGGAUACUGUGCUGUACUAUUACAACUUAAUUUGUUGGACUAUUUCUCGUUCUGCUUUCAGUGGGCGACCUUAAGAAUGGAGAGAGGAGCCAAAGAGAAGAAUCAGCAUCUCUACAAACCCUACAGCAAUGGGAUCAUUGCUAAAGAGCCAGUGUCCCUCGAACAGGAGAUCCAGGAAAUGAGGCGUGGUGGUGCGGAGCCUGAGUUUGACAUGUCUGACAUCUUCUAUUUCUGCCGGCGAGGUGUGGAGAGCAUCGUCGAUGACGAGGUGACCAAACGCUUCACGGCAGAGGAGCUGGAGUCCUGGAACCUGCUGACCCGAAGCAACUACAACUUCCACCACAUCAGCACCAGGCUCACGGCGCUCUGGGGGGUGGGAGUGCUCAUCCGCUAUGGGAUUCUGCUCCCACUCAGGGUCACGCUUGCUUUCACCGGUGUCGGUCUUCUCGUGGUUCUGACAUCAGUUGUUGGACUGUUUCCAAACGGAAGAAUAAAGAAUUAUCUCAGUGACAAGGUUCAUCUGAUGUGUUACCGGAUCUGUGUAAGAGCCCUCACGGCCAUCAUCACCUACCAUGACAGUGAGAAUAAACCCAAAAACGGAGGAAUCUGCGUGGCCAAUCACACCUCACCUAUCGAUGUCAUCAUUCUGGCCAGUGACGGGUGCUACGCUAUGGUGGGUCAGGUCCAUGGUGGUCUGAUGGGGGUCAUUCAGAGGGCGAUGGUCAAGGCCUGUCCUCACAUCUGGUUUGAGAGGUCUGAAGUGAAGGACCGACACCUAGUGGCCAAACGAUUGAGUGACCAUGUUGCAGACGAAAGCAAACUGCCUAUCCUCAUAUUCCCAGAGGGAACUUGUAUAAACAACACUUCAGUCAUGAUGUUCAAGAAGGGAAGCUUUGAGAUCGGCUGCAAAGUUUACCCUGUGGCAAUAAAAUAUGACCCUCGUUUUGGGGAUGCGUUCUGGAACAGUAGCAAGUUUGGGAUGGUGAACUACCUGCUGCACAUGAUGAGCAGCUGGGCCAUUGUGUGUAGCGUCUGGUACCUUCCACCUAUGAGCCGUAUGGAAGGGGAGGACGCUGUACAGUUUGCUAAUAGGGUCAAAGCAGCCAUCGCUAGAAAGGGAGGACUGGCAGACUUAUUGUGGGAUGGUGGUUUAAAACGAGGGAAAGUCAAAGAAGUUUUCAAGGAGGAGCAGCAGAAACUUUACAGCAAGGUUUUAGUGGGCAGCAGUGAAGACCGCAGUCGCUCGUGAAGGGACGCAGCUGUCUGCUUGACUUCACACGUGCUGCUCUGUGCUCACGGCGAGAGCCUGGAACCUCAGUGGAUGCCGUGCGGCCCUACACUGGCCCCUUCCUGAACCUGCUCGAGCUGAACUGAUGAAGUCAUUGGGAGUUGAUGGGGAAAUGGUGCAUCCGGACCCUCAGCUCACUGCUGCGCCUCAGGAGCUUUUGCAUCAUUGCACGAUUGUCUCUGGCAUUCAAUUCUUGGUCUAUGAUUUCAAUUUGGAGUGAGAGUUACAUAUGGCAUAUUUACACAGUCUGUUACAGUCUUGAAUAUUUGUUCUCUGAUACUAUAAUGCAUGAUGUCCAAGGAGAAGAAAGAGUGGAAGAGUUUGAAGUAAUUUAUUUAAGCUUGGGGAAAAAAAAAAACAGGAAAAAGUGAAAGGAUGGUGUGCGUAGAACUUUAGUGUUGGUAGAGCCAUGAAGAAUAACGUCCGUUAUGUGUUUAGCUGCUCAACAUUCAUCUCCUCAUGGCUGCCUCUAUAAUGUGCUCUUCGUUCUGUUUUAUUUAUUUAUUUAUUUUGUAAAAUGUUUUUUAAACAAUGUGACAUCUACUUUUUAAUUUGUACUUUUAGACAUUUUUCAAACAUUAUCGAAAUGUUAAUACCUAACCAUUUAGGAAAGAGUGCUGGCACUUUUUUGUGCCAGUUGUAAGAUUAAAUAGCAGCUGUGAGGAAAAAAAAAGUCAAACUGUGAGUUAAGUUGCAAUUAUUUAAUAAUUUUCAUUAUUUUAUUAUUUAUUUUAUUUAUAUUCUGUGUUGGGGGAAAUACUUGUGAGUUGUAAAUUUAGUAAAAAAAAAAAAAAAAGUUAAUAUCACGAGCGUUGUUUUUUUUCUGUAAAGAAUGUUUUUUGGGGGGGUUGUGUAAUAUAAACUCGGAACUGCGAGAAUAAAAGUCAGAAUUUCAAGGUAAAA